CCAACAUUUUCCUUCCUUAAUUUUCCAACCUUGCUAGUGUGUGUUAUUUUAAAAACGCUAACUAGAAUUACGAUGGUGCAUGGACUGCACAUGGAAGCUUUGUCGUAGCCUACAAUACAUUACGAUGGUAGAAAACUAGAAUUACGUAAAACAACAGCACUUUAAUAACAACGAUGAUUCCAUUUGUUUCAAGAACAUUAUCAUCAUCUACAACAAUUAACAAAUGCAUACGCAUGCACUCAACAACAACAACGAAAACUACAGAAUGGACCAAAACCGCGAACCUAAGAAGCAUGUUCGGCAAAUAUGUCGACAAAACAAGCGUAUAUAGUUGGAACUCAAUCAUCGCUGAUUUCGCUCGCAGCGGCGAUUCUUUACAAGCUCUUUACGCUUUCUCUUCAAUGCGAAAACUCUCUCUUCAUCCAAACCGUUCCACUUUCCCUUGCACUAUCAAAUCCUGCUCUUCCCUCUACGACCUCUGCGCCGGAAAACAGAUUCACCAACAAGCUUUUGUUUUUGGAUACGGUUCUGAUAUCUUUGUUGCAUCUGCUCUUAUUGAUAUGUACUCUAAAUGUGGCUAUUUGAACGAUGCCCGGAAACUGUUCGAUGAAAUUCCUGAAAGAAAUGUUGUUUCUUGGACUUCGAUGAUUUCUGGGUAUGUUCAAAAUGAGCGUGCACGGGAAGCUGUUUUUUUGUUUAAGGAAUUUUUGUUGGUUGAUGAGACGGAUUAUGAUGAAAUUGUUGGUGUUGGUGUUGGUGUGGAUUCUGUUCUUUUGGGUUGUGUUAUUUCGGCUUGUGCGAGGGUUUGUGUGAAGAGUGUGACUGAAUGUGUUCAUGGAUUGGCGGUUAAGAAGGGGUUUGAGGGGUGUUUGGCGGUUGGGAAUACGUUGAUGGAUGCUUAUGCGAAGUGUGGGGAGAUAAGUGUGUCUAGGAAAGUGUUUGAUGGGAUGGAGGAGACUGAUGUUUGUUCUUGGAAUUCUUUGAUUGCUGUAUAUGCACAAAAUGGUUUGUCGGUAGAGGCUUUCAGUUUGUUUAGUGAUAUGGUGAAGAGAGGCGAGGUCAGAUAUAAUGCUGUCACGUUAUCUGCAGUGUUGUUAGCUUGUGCUCAUUCUGGAGCUCUGCAGAUAGGGAAGUGCAUACAUGAUCAGGUUGUAAAGAUGGAAUUGGAGGAUAACCUUGUUGUUGGUACUUCUAUAGUUGAUAUGUACUGCAAAUGUGGGAGAGUUGAGAUGGCAAGGAAGGCAUUUGAUCGCCUGAAAAGGAAAAAUGUUAAGUCGUGGACUGUCAUGGUUGCUGGUUAUGGAAUGCAUGGACAUGGAAAAGAGGCUAUGAAAGUCUUCUACGAGAUGAUAAGGUGUGGAAUCAAACCAAAUUACAUUACUUUUGUGUCAGUUUUAGCUGCUUGCAGUCACGCUGGUUUGUUGAAAGAAGGGUGGCAUUGGUUUAAUAAGAUGAAAUGUGAAUUUGAUGUUGAACCUGGGAUUGAGCAUUAUUCGUGCAUGGUUGAUCUCCUUGGACGUGCUGGCUAUCUCAAAGAAGCUUAUGGUUUGAUCCAAGAAAUGAAGGUGAAACCUGAUUUUAUAGUUUGGGGUUCCCUUCUUGGGGCUUGUAGGAUUCACAAGAACGUUGAACUAGGCGAGAUCUCUGCGAGAAAGUUAUUCAAGUUAGAUCCAAGUAAUUGUGGGUACUAUGUGCUACUUUCCAAUAUUUAUGCUGAUGCUGGAAGGUGGGAUGAUGUUGAGAGGAUGAGAAUAUUAAUGAAGAAUCAUGGAUUGCUUAAAACCCCUGGAUAUAGUAUAGUUGAACAUAAAGGUAGGGUGCAUGUAUUUUUAGUUGGAGACAAGGAGCAUCCUCAACACGAGAAGAUUUAUGAGUAUUUGGACGAAUUAAAUGUCAAGCUGCAAGAAGUUGGAUAUAUGCCAAAUGUUACAUCAGUUCUUUAUGAUGUUGAUGUGGAAGAGAAAGGAAUGGUUCUAAGAGUUCACAGUGAGAAACUAGCUGUUGCCUUUGGAAUCAUGAAUUCAGUGCCUGGGUCAGUUAUCCAGAUCAUAAAAAAUCUUAGAAUUUGUGGGGACUGCCACUUUGCAAUUAAAUUGAUUUCUAAAAUAGUAAAUCGAGAAAUUGUUAUCAGAGAUUCAAAGCGAUUUCAUCAUUUCAAGGACGGGUUGUGUUCGUGUGGAGACUAUUGGUGACAGUAACUGAAAUAAAGGGAGUCAGAAUCGAUGAUGUUGGAUGUACAUUAAUUCUAUAUCAUCAAAGCCUGACCAGAAGUUUGGUUGGUGC